AAUCAGCGGACGUACGUGCUCAAUCCCUCGCCAUUGAAGCAGAGCUCAAGAAGAAGAAGACGAAGAAGACGACGACGGUUGAAGGAUCGUCCGGCGGAGACCUCGCAUCGAUCUAUGCAACCGGCGCCUAACCCAUCGAUCCUGCGCUACCGACCCUCCGACGAAGAAGAGACCCGACGACUGCUGUUGAUCGCCCUGCCUCCUUCCUUAUGAGCCGUUUUGACAACACGCGCUGCUCCUCCAACCUCAGCCGCUUCAUUGCCGGCAUUCUCCUCUUCAUCCUUUACCAUUCCUUCCAGUUAAUUUCAAAUUUCCCGAUUCCUAUACACCCGUAAUCUCGUCGCCUUCCCCCUCCCUCUGCCCCGUCUCUCUCUCUCUCUGCGCAUUCGACGAGCCUGAUCCGCCCUUCCCACUCCCUCCCUGUCUGCGCUGCUGUUGAUUCUGAUACCGAUUCUUAUUUCUCUGAUAUGGAUUCUGAGGAAUCAUCCUCCGAUUCUCUGUUCGAUGGCACUAUUUUAUCACGCAUUGAGCUGCAACGCACUUCAACCCCUUCAGUCAUUGUGAUUGGUGGUGGAAUAUCUGGGUUAUCCGCUGCCCGAAUUCUUCAUGAAGCUAAUUUUAAGGUGAUCUUGCUCGAGUCUCGGGAUAGGUUAGGUGGCCGUAUUCACACCGACUACUCCUUCGGGUUCCCCGUUGACAUGGGAGCAGCAUGGCUACAUGGUGCUUGCAAUGAGAACCCAGUGGCACCUCUGAUACGUCAGUUGGGCCUCACUUUAUACCGUACAAGUGGGGACGACUCUGUUUUAUAUGAUCAUGAUCUGGAAAGCUACAUGCUUUUUGAUUUGAAUGGCCGACAAGUUCCUCAAAAUGUCGUCACUGAAGUAGAAGAGAUAUUCAAGAAAAUUCUGAAAGAGACAGAUAAAGUGAGAAAUGAACAUCCCGAUGACAUGUCUGUUCUCCAAGCGAUAUCUAUUGUGUUGGAUAAGCACCCGGAACUAAGACGAGAAGGACUUGCCCAUGAGGUUUUGCAAUGGUAUAUAUGCAGAAUGGAAGCUUGGUUUGCUGCAGAUGCUGAUAUGAUAUCACUGAAGAGCUGGGAUCAGGAGCAGGUUCUUUCAGGUGGUCAUGGCCUGAUGGUGCAGGGCUACUACCCUGUCAUAAAAGCUCUUGCUAGAAAUAUUGAUGUACGCUUGAAUCAUAGGGUCAAAAGAAUAUAUAAUGGGAGCGACAAGGUCAUGGUCACUGUCGAGAAUGGAAGGAACUUUAUUGCUGAUGCUGCAAUUGUCACUGUCCCUCUGGGCAUUCUGAAAGCGAAUUUGAUCGACUUUGAGCCUAAAUUGCCUGACUGGAAGGUUUCUGCAAUUGCAGAUCUUGGUGUAGGCAAUGAGAAUAAGGUCGCACUGUUGUUCCCCAAUGUGUUUUGGCCUAAUGUGGAGCUCCUAGGUGUUGUUGCUUCAACUUCCUAUGCUUGCGGUUAUUUUCUCAAUCUCCACAAAGCAACAGGACAUCCUGUUCUAGUGUAUAUGGCUGCGGGAAGGUUUGCUUAUGACCUUGAGAAGCUGUCGGAUGAGGCUGCCAAAGAUUUUGUCUUGUUGCAGCUGAAGAAAAUGUUUCCUGAUGCUACUGAACCGGUCCAGUAUCUUGUUUCCCAUUGGGGAACAGACCCGAACUCUCUGGGCUGCUAUUCCUAUGAUCUUGUCGGGAAGCCCGGAGACUUGUACGAGAAGCUCCGAGCACCUGUUGGGAACCUCUUCUUUGGAGGAGAAGCCGUGAGCAUGGACGAGCAUCAGGGUUCGGUCCAUGGAGCUUAUGGCGCAGGAGUAAGUGCUGCCCAGGACUGCGAGAGGCAUCUGCUUAAGAGGCUAGGCCGGAUCACGAAGGUCAGGUUGGCUUCGUUCCUGCAGGAGAGUCUUGAAGCUGCUGCCAUUCCUCUCCAGAUUUCAAGAAUGUGAAAUCCUUUCGUUACCGUCGAGACAUCGAUGAUAAGAGCAUCGAACUCAAUAAAAUCCUAAACUAGUCCAUUUGGUUCAACUGUUAAGCUUGGUUAGUUUUAUUCUCACAAGCAUCCUUUCUUAAAAGAUUCCAACGACCAUGUCACGUUCUGAAAUUUAAUUGCUUCUUUUCUCGGAUAAUAUGUUUAACAUCUUAAUGAUU